CUAAGCGACCCCAAAAAUCCGCCCCGGACCCCCGAGAUAUGCCUGAGAUCCUCGGAGUGAUCCCUGCAAUGAGAGACCCGCAAACACCCCCAGAGACCCCCAGAAGAGGAAGAAGGAGGCGAAAUUAAAAUGUGGAUGGACUGGAAUAGGGUGAAAGGAAGAUUUUUAGAAGGAGGAAAAAUUAAGUAUUGAAGAAUUGGGUGGUCGCAGUUCUCUGAGUUUUGCUGUCCCAAUAAACUGGGGAUUUUUUGUCUUGCUUUUGGGUCGGGAGGGAGUUUUGGGGGAACUUGUGGGGCUCUAACGGCGCUUUCUGGGCCGCGGGGUGUGAUGGGAGUUGUAGGUACCGGUAUAAUGGGGGUCAGUGGGGCCGCGGGGCAUCAUGGGACUUACAGGCACAGCCGUAAUGGCGUGCUAUGUGCGCCGCGAGGCAUUAUGGAAGCUGUAGUCCCGGAAGUCGCUGCAAUGGAGCGCUUGGUGAUUCUGGAGAGCACUUGAGGGUCCACAGGGGCCCCAGGGCCAAUCCCAUGGGGUCAGGAAGGCCUUGAGGGGAUGUUGCGGGGCUCUUACGGGUCUCUUUGGGGCGCAGGACGUGACGGGAGUUGUAGUUGGCUGAGGGAGGUGCUGUGGCCGCGGGGGAUGAUGGGAGAUGUAGGCGCAGUUAAGUCUGGAUGGGGCGCGGGGCAUGACGGGAGCUGGAGUCCCAGCUUUGAUGGCGCUCUGUGCGUACCGCGAGGCAUGAUGGGAGCUGUAGUCCCGAAGGCAGCGUUAGGAGGCCUCUGUGGUUUGGGCCACUUGUGGGUCCGAAGAGGCGUUUGGGGGUCCCGAGUGGGCUUGGGGAGGCUCCUGGAGGGCCCAUGGGGCGCCUAUGGGGCACACGGAUGGGAAUAAGAGGCUCUGGGGAGUGCGGGGCCUGACGGGAGUUGUAGUCUCGUAGCCAUUUGGCCGCUAUGGGGUCGCGGGGCGUGACGGAAGUUGUAGGCUGAACGCACCUAAAAUGGCGCCGACACCAGGCCCCGCCCCCAGAUUGUGUUCCCCGGUUCGGAUUGGUUGUUUGCCGUGACAGGCAGGCGCUUCAGCCAAUGGGAGGUGGCAAAGGGAUCAAAGGUCACGGAAUGGAGCGGGAAAGGCUCGGGGCACUGGUGAUACUGGGAGUUCUGUCUCUGGCCAGAGGGGACCCCCCUGAUGCCGCCAAUCCCUUCCAUUACGACUGGUGUCACCUGCGCGUCGGUGGCCUCGUGGUGGCCGCGGUGCUGAGUGUGGUGGGGAUCAUCGUCCUGUUCAGUGGGAUGUGCAAGUGCCGGAGCAAGGCCAGCCGCCGCCGCCCGCCCCCGGAGCUGUCACCUGUGCCUGGGACAGGUGAGUGUCCCCUCCUCCUGGGGACAUUUGGGGACAUUUGGGGACAGUGCCACCCUGACCCACACCCGUCUCUCCGCAGGAGCCACCAGCUCGUGCUGAGCUGUCCCCAAAUGUCCCCAAACGAGGUGACACAGGAGGGGGGAGGGUCAGGGUUUAUUUGGGGGCUGAACUCCUUUCCCAAAUGUCCCCAAAAUGUCCCCAAAUGUCCCCAGAAUGUCCCUGGAAAGGACAAUGAAUAA